AUGCGGCGCGCCGUGUGCGUGUUGGCGCUGCUCGUGGCGGUGGUCGGUGCCACCGCGGUGGGCGCGCUGCCCUCGGACCCGGCCCCGGACACGGCCAUCGACUCCAACGCCGUGGAGGAGGUGGAGCGGGGCGGGCGCGCGGGGGUGGGCGCCGGCAGGGCGGUGCUGGCCGAGAUGGCCCGCGAGCUCAUCAGCCGGUCCGCCACCAGCAGCCAGGUGCUGAGCCUCAACCUCACCAACCUGGUGAUCCUGCUGGUGCUCAAGGCCAUCAUCUUCGGGGCGGGCCACAUGGGCGUGGGCUGGGCCGCCAAGUCGUCCCGCGGCGACCACGGCGGCCCCGCGCCCCUCGUGUCCGAGCAGGAGGCCCUGCUGCUGCUCGGCUUCCUGAUGGGCGGCGCGCAGGGCGGCCAGGCCGGCCAGCGCGGCGUGCACGGCGGCCAGGGCCUCGGACAGGGCCCGCGCGACUACGAGUGCCUCAACAGGGUGGCCUGCCAGGAGCCCGACGCCGCCAACGGCUACGCCCGCGCCGGCCUGCUGCUGUCCAAGGGCGCCAAGCUGCUGCAAGGGGUGAUCCCGUACGACGAGAAGUACGAGCACAUCGUGGAGGGCAUGGCGGACGCGGUGGAGUACGGACGGCGCGGCGAACGGUGCGACCUGCGCUACUCGUGCGUGCGGUAGAGCUCCUGGAGAACGACAAGACGACGACGACGACAACGACCCUCGGGCAGCACGCCUCAUCUGACCAAACGACUGCUUCCCAGUGUGUCCGGCGACGAUGUCUCCGGACAACCUCUCCACCGACCGCGUUUCCCGCUGGCCCCAGGAUGACCCACCAGGGAGAGACGCGACCAAUGUGUUCCUAAACAA